GGACGCAGAAUGGCGACAGUGCAGUGCUCCAAAUGCACGGCCGAAAGAAAAGGAUUUCGGCGGGAACUUGAUUCGUGGCGACACACAUUGAUACACUGCGUUGGGUUUGAAAGUAUUCUGGAGGGAAUAUAUGGCCCACUGCUGCUGAGGGACCUCAAUUUAUUUGAUGAUUGUGAACCUGAAGAGGUGGAUGAUUGGUCCCCAGAAACAAGUUGCUCUCAGUGUUCAUUCUGCAACCUUCCCCUGGAGAAACUCAGCAGUGAUCAAGUACAGUCAGCCACGUCGCCCCUCUCCUCCCCCUCUGAUUACUCUCCCUGUCAGGCUCCAGCUAUCUCUGAGAGCAGCCAAUCAGCACACAGGUUCCUCCAAGCUGUGUUUCACAAGAAAGAUGUGUCCUUGGGCUGUGAGUCCAACAUCCCUCUGGUUGCCCAGGAGCUAAUGAAGAAGAUGGUACAUCAGUUUGCCUUGGAGUACGCAUCCAAGUGCCUACUCCACACCAAUUCAAAUGGCGUUACAACAAGGACCUCAUCACCUCUGUCACAAGCAUUAGAUGCUCCUCUGGACCUCACAGUGAGCCGAGCCGGGGAGGAGAAAGAGAUCGAAAGUGACCCAGAUGGCGUGCUCGACCUCUCCAACAGGAACUCUGCCUGCUCAGCAACUUCAUCAUCAUCCAAACACAAAGCCUCAGGCUCCCUGCUGCCAUCAUUUACGGAAGAAUUGGGAGAUCUGGGACAGCGAGGGACCAAGAGUCGUCAGAGCUCUGCAUUGGGUGCCGUUCUCAGCCCACUCUGCUCAGCACACCGUUCCUUACUCUACCAGAUCCUGAAGCUGGCACGCCAGGAAAAAUUGCUUUUGUUCCUUAAUCACCGACCUGUAGGUCAAACUGAAUCUCACUGCUGUCAUUGUGGCGUAAACCCACAGGAUAUUGUUACCCCUAAUGCAGUCCCCUUUAGUGAAUGUAAAACCCAUAACAUCAGCCCAUACUACCCUUUAAUUGAUUGUGAUCAUCAAGGUCAUGGCAGCGCAGUAUAUCAUCCAGGAGAUUCCAAGUCCAAUUGUAGCAUCCAUCACUACCCUUUAACAGACUGUAAAGGUGAUGCUCCUCUUGGCUCAAGCUACUGCUGUGUGCAGAGGUGCAGGAUGGAAACCUACACUGUUUUGUGCCCCAAAAGGCUGCACUGCAUUUCCUGCCAAAGCCUGGCUGUAGGUCGCAUCAACAACUUAGUGUGUUCAUUUGCAUCCUCUAAUUCAUUAUCCAAAUCCCCUUCACUGUGCACUCCCUCCUCUAGCUUAUGCCCUUCCUCAUCAGUCUGCUGUAACCAACACAACCCCCACUCCUGUCGCUGUUAUUCAAAUCAUGCCUGUCUGACGCAGGUGAGGAGCACAAUAGAACGGGCAGUUGGAGAUGGGGAUCCUCCUUGUCCUGUCCUGAAGAGAGAGCAGAGUCCCUCUCCUCCUCCUCUGUCCCCAAUUCCCUCAGACAUCAACAAGAAAACUGAUGAAAAGCCACCUUCCCUCCUUCACCAUAGACAAGAGGAUGAUGUUGACCUAAUGGUUAAAGAUGGUCUUGUGAAUGCAAGCCACCAGGAAGCAGAUGUGAUUACAGCGACAGCAGAGGAGCGAGGAUGUAGGACCCCUAGAAGUAGUCAGGCUGAGCAGAACUCAAAUGGGACUUCACUGCAAGAUGUUGUGAAUCGCUUCAGUGAGAAACUGGAGACAAUCAGACCUAUAGAGAAGGACCCACAGCUGGUUUCCACAGCCAUUAAUGUCUGUGAAAAAGAGCAGCCACAGUGUCCCUCAACCAGUCAGAAGCCGCAGUUUCAGGAUGAUGCCCAUUUGACUGAAAUUAUCACCACAGUGCUUCACACAGGCAGAGCUAGUGACUACAAUCUAAGUGAACUGUUCAAUCGCCAUGAUAGCAAAGAGCCCAAGUCACCUAAUACCCGCUCCCGACGUCGCCAAGAAGUCCUUGCUGCUAUAGCAACACCAGCUGAUGAUGCUUCAACCAGAAGGCAGACCUUACAAAUUAAACGAGAGCUUGCCAUGUUGGACCAGUCCUACAACAGGAGAAAGAUGCCACUCGCAAAGAGAGCAAAAUUGAAAGAUGGAUGUGUUACUGUAACUACAUCACCCGCCUCAUCAGAUCUAGUUAAAGAGGAGUCUAAAAGAGACAUAGAGGUAGGUGUUGAACCUGUAGAGAAUCAUAAAGUUAGGAAGGGACCACUGAACAUUCUCACUGCAGAAAGUGACAAGGGUGAAGUAAAAGAGGAGAUUCAGACAAUUAUAGUAACAGAGGAAGUUCAGAUCAUCAAAGCAGAAGAGAGAGAACGGGAAAUAUCCACAGAGGAAAAAGAUCUUGCUCACUCAGAUACUCAAAUACCCACCCCUGAGCCAAAUGUUAAUCAAGGCUCAAAGGGUGACAGUGUACAAACACAGGUAAUGACAAGAACUGCAACCUCAGCAAAACCGUGUAGCAGGCCAUGUAAAGAGGAUGGUAUGGGUAGUGGGGCUGGAAGUGAUAAAAACCAUAAAGAAGCCCCAGCAGCUCAAAGCUCUGACAGAGCCACUAGACCAGGUAAAGGGAAAGAUAGCCACAGUGCUUUUAGAGAUAAGCAGAAACAUCAUUCACAACACACCAAGGACGCAAGGAAAUCCAGGAGAAAUAUAGUGCCCCCACAGCGGUUCUCCUCCUAUGUCACAGAGCCCAGGAAAAUGUUCUUUGUUGCAUGUUUCUCUGAAAGCAUCUUUAACCAGAAACCACAAAAGGACAAAAUUUUGACAUCUAGCACCCUGGAUGCUUUAUCCAAAGAUCCAGAUGCUGAGGACAUCCUGCCCAAAUCAAAAAGGGAAGUCCCUCUGUCCUUACCUGACCACACAAUGAAGCCUGUACUUGAAACAACACCGAAAGAACAAUGUGGACCAUCCUACAUGGAGUCAAAAGGUCUUUCCACAAACAAGGCUUCCCCAAAAACUAUGGCCACCAAAGAGAAGAGUCCUACAAAACAGAGUCCAGACAAUAGGACAGAUGGCAGCAACUGUGUAGCCAAACCGUUUGGAAGGCUACAUUCAUCUCCAAAAAGGCAACGGGACUUAAGGACAGCUUCAAGAACUCCCCAAAAUCCAUCACAGAUAGAUGUCACCAUAAAGUCCACUUCCUGUGUUGAGAGCCCUCCAAACUCCCAAGUCCAGUACACUAGUCCAAUAAAGCUCAUGUUUGUAUCCCCAGUAAAGGAUAAGGAAGGGGUCAGAUAUAGUCUUAAAUCGGCAACUUCUGGUUCUAAUGCACAGGAACCCUUUGACCCAUGUGUAGAGUCUUCAUGGUCAGGAACACCUAAGAAACACAAAAGACAGAGAACUGAGUCUCUUACUUCACAAGCAAAAUCUAUUUCCUCACCACUAAAGUCUGCUACCUCACCUGCAAAAUCUGCUUCUUCACCACUCAAGUCAGCUUCUUCACCAGGCAAGUCUACUUCUUCACGAGCCAAGUCUACUUCUUCAUCACCCAAGUCUGUUUCUUCACCAGUCAAGGCUGCUUCAUCACCCAAGUCAGCUUCUUCAUCACCAAAGUCUACUUCUUCACCCAAGUCAGCAUCUUCAUCACUCAAGUCUGUUUCGUGGCCAACCAAACCUGCUUCUUCCCCCAAGUCAGUUUCUUCACCAGCCAAGUCUGUUUCAUCAUCACCUAAAAUAGGUUCCAGAAGAUCAGGCGAAAGUACUCCAACUAAACGUGGAGCUGAGAGCCAGAGAUCACAAGGUGACUCAUCAUCUUUUCAUGAAACCACUCCAAAAAGGCGUCCGGGACGACCAAAGAAGCUUGGGCCACAGCUUGAGCAAAAGGCAAAGAGGCCAAUUGGUCGACCACGCAAGGAAAAAGCUGUGGAUUCAGAAAUGGGGGCAAAAUGUGUAAAUGGAAAAUCAGUUGUUGCAUCUGACAUUGUGGAGAAUGUAAACAAGAACCUUAAAAUAACAGUAGUGUAUGGCCGUUCUCGGAGGAACAAACGAAUGGUGUCUGAGGGCUUUGACCAGUUGCAAACAGAGUUCCAUGAUGCUUGUCAAGCAGUGGGCCUUAAAAGUGACUUGGGCAUUUUAAUGCAUAACUCUAAGACCAUCUCAGGUAGUGUCAAAACAGCCUCAACAGAAUUGUCUGAGGAAUUAAAUUUUGUCAGCCCUGUAAAAGAGUCAUCCCCUCAAUCUAGCAGUAACAUCAAAUGUCAGAAGCAGGAUGAUUCAGUACCCUCAAGGAAACCAGGUAGACCCGCAAAAGUUAAAAUCUCUGGAAUUUCCGUCACAGUAACCACAGUGUCACCUCGGCAGCGUAAGAUUCAGAUAAAUAAGGAUACUCGGCAGUCUCCUGAAACACUAAUUCAUAAGAAGGUACUCCUACCAGAAUUCAAAUCUGCCAAAGAGCCCAGGACAAUCAGUCGCCAGUCAACAAGCAGAAGCAGUCAAACAGAAGAAGGAAUAACAACAAAAGAUGAAUGUAAAGACAAACUGCCAAAUGAGCCUGUAGCAGUGCGUCACUCAAUGAGAGUGAGAAAGCCCUCAAUACACUUUCUGCAUGCUGUUGCCACCUCCACCUCUAGAUCAUACAGCCAUAGUAAUGCUCUGUUACGACGCUCCAAAAAACUUCUGUUAAACAAGGCCAGCAAUGAAAGGAGACAGGAGGAGCAACAGAGUAGUGUAGAUACGUUAAGAGAGAAAAGACAGCCUUGUGUUCAAGACAGGAAGAACAUCUCUCAGGACCUGAGCAGAGUGGCAGGGGUGUCUGUCGACUCAAUCUUUCCCCCGAAAGAGACGCUAAGGUGGUGGGCAGCAUCAGCAGAGGAAAACACUAUGAACCAGGAGCUUGCUAGGCGAAUACGACUCAUCUCUGACUCUUGGGUCUCAAACACUGUAGAGAACCAGGAUAAAGAAACUGCCUUAAAUUCAAAACUAGGCAGUAAAAGCAAAAGUUCAUUUGCCAGGAAUUCAAAACAUUCCUCUGUGGUUCGGACACUGUUUGACUGCUCUCCCAACAAACCAAGGUCCUGUAGCAUGCAGCAGAUCUGUUCCUGGUUUAUGCAGACCACAGAGACACGGUCUCUGUCUAUUGUGAAGAAGGCAAGCUCCCGUAAUCCUUACGAACUUAUGCACUUCCCUCGUUCUACCAAUAAAAAGAGUCUUUGCCAUAGUCCUCAAGCAGAGCGACUCCGCAAACACAUCAAGAAAUUUGCCAAGACAGUGCCAAAAAGUCCUUUGCAACAUCAACGGGCCCAAAGAAGGUUGAGGAAGAGAAAUGAGGCAUCUCUGUCCACACAAAAGAUUAGGCGACAACUUUUCACUGCCCGCUUUGCGACAGGUAGGCUCAAUCAUGGAACCCAAUGGUGGCGAAGCAGAGUAUUUGGCAGAUACCAGACCACCCUAUUUAGAGCAAGUACAAGGUUCCUAACCCGAAAAGAAAGGGAGAGGUGGCAAAAGAGGCAGAGGAAUAAGAAAAACAUAAAAGUAGCCACAAGUUUUUCAAAUAGACAUGUAGUGACUGGACUAAAACCUAAACGUAAAGCAUUACCCACAUCAGCAAAAGAUCAGUUAUCUGACUGUUUGGAGAAUGGUUCUGCCACCAGUUCUUUUGGCCAAACUCAGGAGCCUGUGGAUGUACCCAAAGAGCAGAACCUCUGCUCUAAAGCCUGGAGUCCUGAGAGACUGAAAGAAUGCCGGGUGUUUCUAAAAAAGAUCAACUCUCCAGGCAAUGAAUCAACUGAGGAAGAGUGGGACUCCUGUACAGUGACACUGGAUGACGGGUCACCUCCUGCAUAUCUCUUUGCAGGAAGGGAAAGAGAACUGGUAGGAGUUGUUAAAGCUGUGAAAACUGAAAGACAAAGGAGCACGAGAAGAACUGCCUCAAGAGAAUUGGAAGUUUCUGCACCUAUAUCAGUCCAAGAGCAGGAUGAGAAGCCAGUGGGGAGGCAAAAAGGCAAAUACAAAAGUCCUGGGGUUGUGUCUGCUGAACCACCACAACCACCACCAGCGAAGAUGUUGAGACAAUCGCGAAUGAGGGGCCUAACCGGGCAGAGGUGGUGUGACUGUUUGGUAAUUACCUUUGCUUCUUUUAUUGAAUAUCAACUUUUAUUAAACUUCAAAUCACUGCAGCAUUUACUUGUGCUCUCUUUCUUUUUUAACAGAAAACUAAAUGAAGCUCAAAGCCUCCAUCUACCUGGAAAACGGACUGUGGUUCAACGUGGUGCCUUUGGACAUUGAGCUGACCACAUGGACUGACCAUCUCACUAUGGUUCAGUCUUACACUCAGCAAUUAUGUAGCAGUCUAACUUAACAAAAGCUUGAUGUUGCACUAUUUUUAUCCAUGGAUAUGUAUAUGUACAGAUAUGUUUGAUUUUUUUUUUAAUUGUCAACUUGCCUUUGUCUUUCUGAACGCAUAUAGUAGAUCAAAUCAUUAUGUCAAACAGAGUUUUAUUCGGAUAAGUGCUUAUCCGGUGAGCCUUGUCAGAGUGGCUGUAUUGGAAGGAAAGGCAAAGCUUGACUGCAUACAGACAGUGCCAUCUCCCCAAAACAUACCUCAUUAUCAAGGCCAGAAUUUCUUUUAGAUGAUGACCAUUUAUUGUAAAUUUUAACAUAAAACCAUUAAAAUGUACAGCCCUACAAUCCACCUAAAUUAUUGUUUUUAAUUUAUAGUUACCCUGACUUUGGCACUGAUUAAAUUCCAAAUUGCUAAUUUAGUAAUUUGUUUUUUAGAUUUGACUAAAGUAUACUGAAAUUGAAUGACAUUCUUUCAAUCCGAGCCUUGUUUGCAGUAUUUUUCUUUGAUGUUUCAGUCACUGCUGUAUUGCAAACCAGUAGCCCAAAACAUGGUGUGAAUGAAGGACUUUUUGUUUCAAACAAGCCCCAUCUUUAACCCAGCCACUAUCUGUGAAUGAGCCCCUUCUAUAAUAUUGUGUAUUGACCUACAGUAAUUGGCCACUGACCUGUACUAAAACACAUAUUUUGUUUCAUUAAUUUUCAGACAUUAUCUGCAAGUCUUAGCUAUUAACCCCACAUACAUGUUCCAGAUGACUACAAAUUUAGCCCCACAAAAUGUGGAAGUACGUAAAUAUGUGAAGUGAUGAAGAAAAUGGCAAUAUGCAGUGGUAGAACAUAGAUUCUGAUAGUUUGUUGGUUUGUGGGAUCUGUCUUGUUUUAAUUUAGUGAUCUUUAUGUGAUUGUUUUUUUGUUUUCACCCAAAGCAGAUACUGUCUGAUGGUGUCGGAUCUACUUCUUGCACUAUUCCACCUGAGAUUAUUAACCCCACUACACAGAUUCCUUCCCCAUAUUUUGCACAUCCCAUGUCCCACUACCAAACCCUACAACCCUACUGUAAAACUAUAGAAUCUAUUUGGUGCAAUACAAACCCAGAUGAUUUAUCAGUAUGUAGUAAUUAUUUUAUUGCUGACAGACGAAUGGAUGUACACAAGUGCUAAUGGCCUGGGAUGUUACUUCACUUGUUUCCAUAGCCUUUUAAUGUGAUCUUAAAGGAUAUUACUAUUCAAACUGUUUUUCCCACCUGUUUUGUUCUCAAUGAAGCAGAAAAAUAACAGAUCAUUAAUUGAUAUAAUAGCAUUAAAUUGUUUUUAUCAUAAGCGUCAUAGCAUUAUUUGCUGUUUAAAUGCAGAUGGGAAAAUGUGUUGCUGUUAAGGUUUCCCUAGAGUUUCUGUUUUUGCAGCAUGAGACGCCUACCUCCGCUGGGGCUUAGCUAGGCCUUCUGCUCUUUUGCUUAUCAACCGUUUGAUAGACAAGGCCAGAGAGAUGAUCAGUUAACACUAAUCUUGGAUCAGAUUGAUGUUAGAAGGCAGGUAGAUCCAAGAUGUCUGGCUGUAGGUCAAAACUUAAACCUGUAGUGUAUAUUAUGUGUCUGACUACCCUUGUAUGUACGUCACUAUGGUUGCCAUUUCAACACGAGGGAUGUGGGGUGGCCCAGUCUUGUGAUCAGUGCUCUGUUGAAGAACCUGGUGCUAAACAUCUGUUGUAUAUUUUCUUUAUCGUGUUUUUAUACUGUCCAUUAUAGAUGCAACAAAGAGGUGUCUGUGAUUGGAACAAUAAAAAGUCUUUUUAAAUAACA